AUGAGAGGCUGCAAAAUGUUGAGCAGAGAUCCGAAUUCACGCAAAGGAUGGCUGUUGCCUCCGGUUGGAUUCCUCGGAAUUGUGGCCACAAUUUGCUCCAUAAUCGGCACAAUGAUUUUGAGUAAACAUUGGAAAGCGCCCAUUGCCCAGAGCGCCCCGAAAGUGCCCAGAAGACAUAGCCAACGCCAAACCGCUCUGAAUUGCACGGGAGAGAUGUGCUACGUUUUUCGAGAUACAGGCGCCAAUCGGACAGCUUAUGGAUGCAUUCAUGGGAUGAAAUACUGGAACAUCUCGGAUGGUUGCUAUGUUGAUCCAAUCAGUUUCAUGCCAUCACUGACUGAGCCAAAUCCCUCUUCAACUUAUGCUUGUUUGUGCUCAGUCGAUGAUUGCAACAAAAAGCUUCCCGUACUCGAUAUUCAAAUUAAGAAAGCAACUUGGUCAAAUGAGACAUAUCCAGUGACAAUUCGAGAGCCAUACCGAGUUCAAUGUCAUUCAUUUUUAAACAAUGUCACACUCGACCAAAACGGGGAUUUACCUCUACUGACCGCCGCAAAUUUCACCACUUUCAUGGCUCCAAUGUGUCACUCGGAGUAUUGGUUGCUGCAAAACGACUACGUUGAGACGAACGACUUUCAGCGAGCUCGUUUAUUCAUCGAUGGUGCGUGGAGAAAGCAAACCGAUGCUCUUUUUCAGAUUUGGGAGUUGCACACACAAAUCUUGUGGUUCUACAAUGACGGGAAUGGCUAUGGGAGGCCUCAUGAAUUGCCUACCUAUAAUGGUUUGGUUUACGCAGUGCAACCCGGGAAAACCCUCAAAGUGUAUCGCAUUUUCUGUGAUUGGGAUUUCUGCAACACAAUCAACAUUACCAAUAUGGCUCCAUCGCUGGUGAAAUGCCAAAUGAUGGAUGGGAACACUUGCAUGGGACACAUGUGCUAUUGGGUGGUGCCGGGCGAACGCCGCGGUUCACACAGCUAUGAGCCAGAAACCCAAGGCUGUUUUGUGCAGGAUGACUCGCGAGCGAGUGGAAGAUUGGAGGUUGGAAAAUACCUUUAUGGAUCGGUGUUUCGCUUUUGUGAUGAGGAUAUGUGCAAUGUGAAUCUCGAACAAAUGGACAAAUCGAUUAAGAAACGAGCACAAAAUUCGACUCACUUCACGCCAUACACCGGAUCAUCACCUACAUAUGCGUCUUUUACUCUAAUUUUCCUUCUUUUUAAGUGUCAAAUA